UGGCUUCCGGCCGCCGCUGCCGCAGCUCCGUAAAGCAACAUGGCUCUACUCUCUCUGAGUCAGUUAUCUCCGUUUUAUUUCUAGUGUUCCUCUUCUCACAGAUUUACUCCCGAUUUCCAUCACGCACCCUAAUUUUCUUCAGCACGAAAUUCUCAUGCUUUUCUUUCAUUCAGCCUUGGUGGAGGAUGGGAUGGAGACAACUUGCGCCUAGCCUGAGCAAAGCCGGGCACCAUUUUGUACGGAAACUGAAGGCAGGGCGGGGGCGUGUGGAGGCCUCCAGAGGAGGCCUGGUUGGAGACAGAGCGUGGGAGGGAGGGCGUUGUUCACCGGUGAUGUAUUUCCGCUUCUGGUCUGCCCGGUCGUUUUUGGUUGGAUCGGCUUGUUGCGGGGAGGGAGGGGGAAGAUUGUUUGCAGCCUAGAAUCUCCGCGGACGGGAAGGUAAACUGAGCUCCCCAGAGACGCUCAUCCCACAGCCUCAGCUGGGGCCUAGCCUUCUCUCUCCAGCUGCCACCACAGCCUGGAGGCGCCUGCCUCCACCCUUCCGAAUGGUGCUCCUCCUAGCAGGCCUCGGCCCAGGAUCCAAGCCCCCUUUGCCCCCUGCCUUGGAGCUAUUGCUCCGGGUUUCUCAUAGUGGACUCCCUGUGGCGGGAAGGGAAGAACUUUUGCACAGGCAAGGCUUCAGCUCCAGGAACCCACUGACAACUGGAAUCUCAGCCUCUAACCUAGUUUGAGGUUCUUCCCGUGCCCACCUUUUCUGCCUUUUGAGAAGAGAAACCCUUCUCCUGGCCGUCUAGAGCCCAGGAAGCCCCAGGCUGGGGCCCUGGGCCCAGCAUGUCAGUCCUCUCUUGUGCAUAGGGCUCUGCUCUCUCCCUGUCAGCAUGGCUGAGCUCAAACAGGUUCCAGGGGGGCGGGAGACGCCACAGGGGGAGCUGCGGCCUGAAGUUGUAGAAGAUGAAGUCCCUAGGAGCCCAGUCAUGGAAGAGCCAGGAGGAGGUGGAAGCAGCAGUGGUGAAGCCAAAUUGUCCCCAAGAGAAGAGGAAGAACUAGAUCCUAGAAUACAGGAAGAGCUGGAGCACCUGAACCAGGCCAGCGAGGAGAUCAACCAGGUGGAGCUACAGCUGGAUGAGGCCAGGACCACCUAUCGGAGGAUCCUGCAGGAGUCGGCAAGGAAGCUGAAUACGCAGGGCUCCCACUUGGGGAGCUGCAUCGAGAAAGCGCGACCCUACUAUGAGGCUCGGCGGCUAGCUAAGGAGGCUCAGCAGGAGACACAGAAGGCGGCGCUGCGCUACGAGCGGGCCGUGAGCAUGCACAACGCUGCUCGGGAGAUGGUGUUUGUGGCUGAGCAGGGCGUCAUGGCUGACAAGAACCGACUGGACCCCACGUGGCAGGAGAUGCUGAACCAUGCCACCUGCAAGGUGAACGAGGCGGAGGAAGAGCGGCUUCGUGGUGAGCGGGAGCACCAGCGGGUGACGCGGCUGUGCCAGCAGGCGGAGGCUCGGGUCCAAGCCCUGCAGAAGACCCUCCGGAGGGCCAUUGGCAAGAGCCGCCCCUACUUUGAGCUCAAGGCCCAGUUCAGCCAGAUCCUGGAGGAGCACAAGGCCAAGGUGACAGAACUGGAGCAGCAGGUGGCUCAGGCCAAGACACGCUACUCCGUGGCCCUCCGCAACCUGGAGCAGAUCAGCGAGCAGAUUCAUGCUCGGCGCCGCGGGGGUCUGCCUUCCCAUGCCCUGGGCACUCGGCGCUCCUCCCCUGUGGGGGCUGAAGCAGGACCUGAGGACUUAGAGGAUGCAGACAGCGGGAUUGAGGGGGCCGAGGGUGCAGGGCUGGAGGAAGGCAGCAGCCUGGAGCCUGGGCCCGCCCCCGACACCGACACCCUGAGUCUGCUGAGCCUGCGCACCGUGGCCUCAGAUCUGCAGAAGUGCGACUCCGUGGAGCACUUGCGAGGCCUCUCGGACCACGUCAGCCUGGAUGGCCAAGAGCUGGGAACCCGGAGUGGAGGGCGUCGGGGCAGCGACAGCGGGGUCCGUGGGGGUCGGCACCAGCGCAGCGUCAGCCUGUAGCCGAGGGGCCAGGGUGACUGGCUUGGAUCUGCUGCCAUCGGCCAAUCGGGGCCAUCUCCCCGAGGUCCCUUCUCCAGUGCUUCCCUGGGAGAGGCCAGCUGUGUUUGAGUCCUCUGUGUCUGCCGUGGCUUUCUCACAGCCUCCCCUGCCCCACAGCAGGCAGCUCUCUUGGCCUUACGCAUUCAGAAGGCUUGCUCUCGGGCUCUGCUGGCUCAUCACAGUCUGCAGAGCGUUGACCCUUUGCUCUCCCUUCUCCUGCUUCCAUCUGGCUUUUUCCCUCAGGGAACUUGGUCUAGAAGGCCUAGGAAGCUCAUCAGGAGAAAAUGGGUGCCGGCUGAAUACCCUGGCCGGAGGGGAUGGACAGGUGUCCCUCCGUUGGUUUCCAGCCCUGCCCCCUUCCCAAGGCGACUCUGGAGGGCACCCUAGGUACACUGCUGAACCCGGUACCCCCGUCUUGUUCCAGCCGGCCCGUGUGUAACCUGUAAGGUGUACUGUGUGCCUCUGGAAGACACCACCCUUCCCUUCAGCAUUCCCUUUCGAGACCUGACUACUUUGCCAUGUGUGCCCCGAAGCAGAAGUUACAAGAUCUGCAGGGAGAGAAACCCAACCCCACUGUCAACAUAGGGAACGUCACCAACUCCAGACUGACUCCUGUGGGUAUGGGGUUUCCCCAGCUGGGCUGGGUUCUUCACAUUGUCAAGGUGCUAGUGGGUGCCUCACAGGCCUGGUGUUGGGGUGAAGUCAUAGUGAGGUCCUGAAGGUGCAGGUCCGUGUCAUUCCCACCCUCACACUCGCUGCACAGCUGCGUUUACUUUUUCUGGGUAGAGGAUGCUGAACUGACUCAGCACCCUCCUGCAGGGUGGGGUUAGGGAAUUUGGUGCUCAAUUGCUCUCCCUUGCUCUUUCCCAGACUAAACAAUACCUACUGCAGGAUCCCUUGGGGCAUGCUCAAGCUUGUCUGCCAACACUCUUACUUCCUUUGUUACAGGAGGAGUUGGCCUGGGGUGAAAAGUCCUGCCCUCGGCAGGGAGCAGCUCCAGCUGCCUGGCAGUGCUCCCAGACUAUAGGGAAGCCACACCAGGCCUGGGUGCCUUGGGAGGAUGGGUCCUUACUUUGGUCCCCAGGAGAGUGGAGAGCCCUCGUCUAGGCCCGUGUUCUGCCAGCGACGGGGAUGAGUGGGCAUCUGCACCCUGCACAGGUGUCUCCAGGUUGAGGGUGGUUGGUCACAAUGAGAACCUCGGCGUUUGAGGUGGCCUGGGCAGAGAGCAGGAAGGGAGGGAGGGUGUGGGUGUGUGAGCGUGCAUGUGCUGGUGUGUAAGGGGGAAAGGAUCUUUCCUGCUUUUAUUUAAAUAAAGUAGUUUAUGUAACAGUUAA